AUGUCAGAACGAAUCAGGUUCCAGAACCGAUACAGUGUUUGAAGUGUUGUGCUUUUGACACACUCUUCCAGGGGUGAAUAUCACGCCAGUAACAGAAUUACAAAGUAUUUGUAUAAACGUUCUCUUCUGAAUCAGAAAGCAGUUUUAGUAUCAUGUCUGGAACGGGAUUAAUCUACGAUGAGGAAAUGACUCGGUACAAACUUCUCUGGACUGACCCAACCUGUAAGAUCGAGGUACCUGAGCGGUUAACAGUUAGUUACGAGGCACUGAAGUGCAGAGGUUUGGAGCAGAGGUGUGUGUGUGUUCCCAUUCGUCAAGCAACUGAUGAAGAAAUCCUGCUAGUUCACAGUAAAGAGUAUCUUGAAGCUGUGAAACAAACCCCACACAUGAGCUUAGAUGAUCUCUUGACCUUCACUCAGCAGUACGGUGACGUUUAUUUUCAUCCCAAUAUUUACCACUGUGCUACGCUGGCGGUUGGUGCUGCACUGCAGCUGGUGGACAACGUUAUGACAGGGAAAGUGAGGAAUGGAAUGGCUCUUGUAAGGCCCCCUGGUCAUCACAGCCAGCGGAGUGAAGCCAAUGGUUUCUGCGUGUUCAACAAUGUGGCCAUAGCUACCCUCUACGCCAAGAAACACUAUAACCUCAACAGGGUGUUGAUCGUGGAUUGGGAUAUUCACCAUGGACAGGGAGUGCAGUACUGCUUUGAAGAGGAUUCCAGUGUAUUGUAUUUUUCAUGGCAUCGCUAUGAGCACCAGCGUUUCUGGCCCAACCUUGCUGAGUCUGACUACGACAGAGUGGGGAAAGGCAAAGGAACUGGCUUUAACAUCAACCUGCCCUGGAAUAAGGUGGGAAUGACCAAUAGUGACUACCUCUCAGCUUUUUUCCAUGUCCUCUUGCCCAUCGCAUAUGAGUUUGAUCCUGAGCUGGUGUUUGUCUGUGCAGGAUUUGAUUCUGCCAUAGGAGAUCCAGAGGGUCACAUGUGUGCUUCUCCAGAGAUUUUUGGUCACCUUACCCACCUGUUGAUGUCUCUGGCUGAGGGCAGAUUGUGUGUUGUCUUGGAGGGCGGAUACAACUUGACGUCUCUUGCUCAGUCAGUUUGCCAAACCAUACAAACUCUGCUUGGUGAUCCAACACCAGUGCUGAAUGAUAUUGGUCCCCCGUGUCACAGUGCUCUGGAGUCUGUUCAUAAUGUUCGAGCUGCUCACCAGAAGAACUGGGGCUGUCUCAAACACAUGGUCUGCCCUGUCUCAGAGCCAAGCACCAAGCAGUGCAGAGUGGAGGAGAAAGAUGAAAAGCAGGAAGAGGAGACAACUGAACAUCUAGUCUGGCCUGAACCCUUACCUAGAGAUGCACCUCCUGUGCAUACGGCUGCGCUGAUCUCUAAAGAGGAAGAAGACUUGCUCCCAGAGGAUUGUCAGUGCCUGGGUGAAAUAUCACCAAAGUAUAUUGAGGAAGCAGAGAAAAUCAGGAAUAAACAUUUUCAGGACGUGACUGAUGAGAAGACCUUACAGUGCAUCCAGGAUGUUGUUUCACUUUUGGAGAAAAUCAAGACCAGAGAGGUGCGGAAUGGCUUGGUUGUAGUGCCUGAUGUGUUCGUAUCUCUGAAGUGUGCUGUGGAGCAUGCCACAAACUCACUGUCUGAGCGGAUUUUGGUGCUGUUUGUGGGGGAUGAUGAUGUUCCAGUGGACACUAAAGAUGGGAGAGUACUUUUGGUGCAAAUCUGCAAAAAGGAGCCUGAAGGAGUGAAGUCUCUCUAUCAUGUGCCUGUGUGUCUGAACAAAGGUGUGUUCUCCAGUGCGAGUGUCAUGGCUGCAGUAUUGGGUCUAGUCCUGCCCCUAGCGUAUGAGUUUAAUGCAGGCCUGGUGCUGCAGGUUGUGGCAGAGGGCAGUGGUGGGUUAGAUGUGCGUGUCUGGGCACAACUCACCAGCCUGCUUCAGGGGGUAGCACAGGGCGCAACUCUGGCACUUCUCAAGGGCUGUGAGAGAGACAUGGUGAAGGCUACAGGACUCUCUCUCUCUGGGGCUUCUGCUCCAUUGCUCGGGCCUCUGGAUCCUCCUCUGGCUGAGGAUGUGAAGGUUAUAGAGGCACAGAGACAAAGACUGCAGGAGCGUUGGGGCCUCCUGUUGAACACUGUUUCAGAAAGUGGAACACAGAGUCAGGACAGAUGAAGACUCCUCCUGCUGCCAUUUAAGAACUUCAUCAGUAUCAUUUCAAUAAGGAAAGAAUAGAGGUUACCUAAUUAAUGAUGUGUGACAGUUUUCAUUUUAAAAAAAAAUUUUGUUUGUUUUAUUUUUAUUUUUUUGAACUGGGUGGUAUGUCUAAGAACUGGUUUAAAUGUUCAAUGUGUCUAGCGAUGUAUAUGUUGUUGUUAUUAGAACACAUUUAUAUGUAUGGAUUUGACAGAUGAUGAAAUCCAGCAUUUCCACUUAAUAAAAAAUGUUGAUUAUUUCUCGA